AUGUCAGCCCAUAAAUUUAUAGAAGGGCUGCAGAUGAUCCGAGGCCCUGCCAUAUCUCUCACUGCUGCGUACUCGUAUUAUCUUUCCACGUCCUCGCCCGCGGUAUUCGACAAGGUCAUCGCCACUCCCAACGAGAGCAUCCUCGCCAUCUCAACAUCCACCUCUAUCACUGGAUUCUACCUGCGCUUCGAAAUCCACAUCGAUUCCGAGUCCGACGAGUUGAGCGGUGCAAGACACUUGCUGAAGUGGCUGGCCAACACACCGACACGGUCCUCCAUCACCAUUCAUGUCCUCAUGAAGCAGCUCACGAGGCUCAUUCAAAGCCCUGCGCUGAAGCCUUCGACUGCCAUUGAUGACCUCCUAAGCGUAAAUAGAGAUUUUGCGUCCCCCUGGGUCUCUCAGCAAUUCCCAUUGUUUCGUCCAGGCCUCGAGCACUUGCACGAUCUCACACUCUGUAUAACAAACGGCAGUACGAAGGACCUCCUGGCGCUCGUACGCACACUCGGGGACGGGUACAUCCCGGGGCUGCGCAAGCUCACACUCGCCCUUCCUCAAGUCGCGUUCUCUCGCGCCGUCGAGUCCGUCACGACGCUCUCGGUGCUAGCAAGGUUGAUUGGGCGCAGUCAAUUUGCCGGCUUGGAGACGAUGACGUUCACCCUGAUCGUCACGGACUCCGAGCAGAGCGGCGACGGAGCCACCCCGACCGCGAUCGCGGCGGCACAAGCCGUCUUCGACGCGCUGGCGAGAGUGCGGGCAGACUUCAUCAUUAGCGCGACUGUGAUAGUAUCCCUCGCGAACUGUAUCCACCCUUUCGUCCCGCUCUGGAUCAGGGCCGUGCCAUUCGAAAACCCCCACACCACCACCCCCACACGGUCGUCUUCCCGUCUCCCUCCGGAGAUCUGGAACAUGAUCAUCCGAUGCCUCAAUCCGUACCUCGACAGAACGACACUGGAGCAGUGCGCCCUCGUCUCCUACGGCUGGCUGGCUGCAAGUAGGCGUGCUCUCCAACGCCCGUGGAACUUCACGAUCAAGGAAGCCUAUUUGCUGUUCAACCGUGCCGUUCCUGGCGCUACCUUACCGUCCACAUCAUUUCUGCGACUCCCGGAACUCUCGGUGAAGGCAGAUAGCAUCGGAGAGAACUACUCGCCAUCCUGGAACACACUGCUCGCCUGCAUGACGGACCGCGUCCCUACCCUCCGGACCUUCCGCAUAGAAGGUCUCACCUUUGAUUCUAGGAUUCAAGCACAGCACGCAGCUGCAUGUCUCUCAGCCUUCACCCAUCUCACGAAGUUGGAGCUAUCGGACAGCCGAUUUCCAUCGUUCACGCUCCUCCGACUGCUGCGCGCUGCCGCCCUUUCAAAACUUCUGCCAUUCGUCUACAGAUUCUACUUUGCACAUCCUUCUCACACCGACCUAUCUGCCCUAUCAAGCUUCCGACACGCGGAAUACGUCGAGCUCAAGAUUCCCGCAGCCACGACCGAGACUCUCCUCGCGAUCGCGACCGGCAUAGCGCAGGCGGACAGCGUCCAUCUGCACACCAUCCGUCUGUGGUUGCCCGUCGCCGUCCUGACGAACGCAUCGGCGGCGGCGAUCGCCAAACUCGCGGUGCUCACUUCCGGCGCUGCGUUUGCGCGCGCAGAGCGCGCGUAUUUCUAUCUCGACAUGAUGGGGAACCCUGAGUCGGGGGAAAACGCCGUGGUGAGAAGCAAGGCCGUGGCCGCAUUGGGGACUCGCGUGGCGGAGAUCGUGGCCCGCGCAUGGCCUCCCAGCAGUCGAAGGGUUGACGUGGAGAUUUACCUCGAGAGAGGUGAAGGGAACUAUUUAUGGAAGGGAGUUUCACGAGCGGAUCUGCAGGAAUCUGCCGAGACGACGGAGGCUGCUCGCGGCGACGUGGGCACAUCCGAGUCUCCGUAG